AUGUCACCCGUUCAGCACAUGUUGGCCCUCAGUGUUAUAUCCGCCAUUGGUUGUGGAAUCUCUAUGCUGUUCUUGCUCACCACUAUAGUGGUGUACCUGUCCUACUGGAGGUAUGUAAGGAGUGACCGGGCCACCAUACUGAUGCACCUGUGUGUAGCACUGUUGGCUGCCUACCUUUUAUUCUUGGUUGGAAUCAAUAGGACAGAAAAUAAGGAUGUGUGUACUGGUUUCACAGCUGUACUUCACUACAUUUUCCUUGUGGUGUUUUUCCUGAUGUUGGCAGAGGGAAUAGAAGUGGCCUUCACAGUGUUGUAUGUGUUCUCUACACGGUCUCGUAUCCGCUGGCUCCUACCUCUGUCCUGGUUGGUUCCUGUUGUCAUUGUUGCUAUAUCUAUGGGAGCUACCAAGCUGGAGGGAUAUGGAAACUCACAAUUUUGUUGGUUGUCUGUAUACAGUAUAACUGGUGUGUUAUGGGCGUUUGUUGCACCUGUUAUAUUGAUUAUUAUUAUAAAUGCUGUGAUAUUAUUCCUGGUGAUACGAGCUCUAUUUAAUACCCAUACGAUGAUGACAAAGGCCGCCCGUGAUCAGGCAAAGACAGCCAUGCGUAGCCUGUGUGUCCUUUUACCAGUGAUGGGAGUGGCCUGGAUAUUCGGUGUUUUUUCUGUUAAUGAAGAAAUGGUUAUAUUUCAAUACUUAUUUGCAAUAUUUAAUUCUCUGCAGAUAAAAGAUGCCAUUAAUCAAACUAGGCGACGCAAGAGAAGCAUGGCUGACCUCGGCACGAAAAGUACCUCACAGAGCGGUAAUACUAACCCUGUAAGUAUGGCCGACCUCAUCACAAAAGUACCUCACAGAGACGUAAUACUAAUCCUGUAA